AUGCAGCUCUCCGAAUAUAUUGAAUAUUUUGGAUUUAUCCUAUCUAUUAUAUUGAACAGUAUUCUAUUUUGUUUGGCUGUGAAACAAUCAAAGAAGAUUUCAAAAUCCUACCGAUGUGUUAUGAGUGUCUUUGCAACAACAUCAAUAAUUCACGCCGGACUUGGAUGUUUCAUACAUCCUUCUAUUGCUUUUUUCGAUUCAGGUUUUAUUAUAUCAAUCAAUGAUGUUUCGAUAUAUGACAAUCAUUUUGGAAACUAUAUGCUAUCCACAUUUUGUGCGUUUUUUAUUUUUAUGAUUUCACUUCUAACAACUCAAUACUUUUAUAAGUUUUUGCUAAUCUGCAGGCAAGUGAAAUACGUGAGAAUAUUUUACUAG